CAGGUAAGACAUCUACUUUGAUUCAGUAUACCAAGAUGAGGCCUGGUUUGAAGUUUUUGAGUGUGGUUUACAACAAGUCAGUGAAUGAACUUGCUAAGAAAACUUUUCCACCCAAUGUGGAGUGUCGCACUGCACAUUCUCUAGCCUGGGAAGGGAUAGGAAAAUUCUACCGUCAUAAACUGACCAGCAAAGUACGUCCCAUGGAUGUCAUGAGCAAGUUGAAUAGAGCCCCUAAAGCAUAUGCAGAAAAACAGAGAUAUGCCAGUGCUGUACUUGCUACUAUUAAUAGUUUCCUGGCAUCAGUUGAUGAUGAUAUAACCACAGCUCACGUACCUCGACACUUAAUAGACCGGGAUGGAGAAUCUCUUCGAUCUAUAGGAGACACGGAACGACUU